CGCCGGCAGCAGAGAGCGUCGAGCGAUCUGUCUGUCUGUACCGAGUGCGGUGGUGUGGUAGCGUCAGUCCGUUCCGUGCCGAGAAGGUGUUCUCCUCGAUCCACCCGGAUUCUGUGUUUGUAACUCAAUUGCUUACGUUUGCGAGAGUGAAGUGAAUUGUCGAUUGUGUGUCAAAGUGUUCAAAUUGUGUUCUGCGGGAAAGUUGUGUGAGAUAAACAAUUGUGCCACCCAUUCGGAUACUUAUGGAUAUAGACAACUAGCAGAAGAUACCGCGGUCGUCUGGGCGUCAAACUCACAGAUUGAGGAUGUCGGGACUCCAAUCUACCAACAUGUCGGGGGACAUGUGGCUCCAGUGGUUCUCGUGCUGCCUCAACCAGCCGGCGAACAGGCGGAAACAACAGCCUGCUCAGCGGCGGCGGAUUGACCGGUCCAUGAUUGGUGAGCCGACCAACUUUAAGCACACGGGCCACAUCGGGUCUGGCGACGUGGAGAUGGGCAACUCCCACCUGAGAGCGAUCCAGACACAAAUGCAGGGCAAGGGGGGAUACGACACGGCGUUUACAGUAAAGGCGUACUAGAGGAAAUCUGACUUACAGAGCAGGCACCAGCUUCAGAUGUUCUCCCAUGAUUCUCAAAGUUCAACACCUUAAAAUGCCCAUCCAAGUCAAGCGCCUAAAAAGAAGACAGCAGCCUGGCUGACUUUACUUCUGUCUGAUUGUUAAUGAUAAAGAAAAUUUCUGCAUUCUUGUUACACAAGUAUGGGGAUCCCUUUAAGAGCCGUUGCCUGCUUAGUAUAGUUUAUGUCUAAGACUUAAUGUUGCAAUGCACAUAAUACUUUACUAUGCGCUCUUGCGCUUGUAAAUAUUUUCAUAAGAAUGUGCCUGCGUUUUGAUGUCUUUCCUUAACUGUGUAUUUGUGUGUGAGCAUGGGUGUGUUUGUAUGCAAGGGUGUAUGAUUGGGAAGUGACAAACCGCAUGUUUGCCGAAAUAUGUGUAUAUUAGGUAUGUUGCACUUUCUGUAAGUUAAAAAUUAAAUGUUGAUGUGGAAUUUGCAAGUGUGUAAAUUUAGGAAGUAUUGAUUUUAGUCAGUUUUUAACAUAUAGUGCAUAUGAAUGAAGUCUUUUGUUUUUUGAAGGUAGUCUGAUCCUUCCUAAUGUGACCAAAGUCUACAUUUUAACUUCUGUUUCAAAUUAUGUUUUAAUUUUACUCCCUCACCAUUGGUAUCUGUUAAACAGAAAUUACUAUGCCUUGCUUUUGUUUAAAUUCCCGAAUGAGUCAUGAUUAUGUUUAUAAAUUAUUAAUGAAUUUUGUUUGGCAAAGCCAUUUUUGUUAUAAAGAGCUAUGAUUUCUUGUUGGCCAGAGGCUCUAAUAGACUUCUCUUUUUUAAUUUAUAGUUAAUUAUUCUAUAUGGAAGUAAGAGUUUUCCUUUUUAAGUAUACAUUGCUAAUGUGAAAGUAAUUGUUGAAUUGUUUGUAUGUUCCCCAAAUUCAGGCUACUUAACUUGUGAAAUUCCAGACGGGGCAAUAGUUCAGCAAAUAGCAAUAAAUGUUUCCAUUACUUUCCACACUAGCGGUGUGACAAGCAGAGAUUGUGAUAUAGCAUCUUAGUUACUGAUCCGGAAAGUUGUCAUUCAGUUCUCCGUCAGCCCUCUGAAAGGAAAAUGCCAUGAUCCACUGGUUUCCUCAACAACCUUGAUAUAUUGUCACUAAUGUCAUUUCAUCUCUGGAAUGACAAACUGUUCCUUGUAUUCUGAUUUUACUUCAACAUUCUAAACUCCUAUUUUGCUAAAUUCCUAUGGUGUGAUAGUUUACCAUGGUUGUUUAGGACUUGUGAGAUUCAGUGUGGCUGUAACGAAACCCAAAAUGUCAUUGCCUUAAUGAACUUUUUGUUUAUGGUUUGUAACCUUGUGAUAUUGUUUGUAUUUUGUUGAUAGUUUCUUUUUAACUAAAUUGAAUGAAUAGGGGCUUUCUUUUCAUAAGCAUAUUUACAAAUGACAUAUAUCUUCUAUUCAGCACAGAAGGAGCAACUUUUUCUGAUGUUUGUAUUUAUUCGUAAUAAUUGCUCAGUCUUUCCGGUGGUCUAGUUAUAGAACAGGUGUAAUAUGGCAACAUAAGUGUGUUAUUCGUACAUUAUAUAGUUCAUGAUCUCUUUCUAAAGAGCUUAUUAUCAGGUAGGACUAUCUAGUUUGAGACCUUGUGAAUCUUUGGUCACUCAUAUUUUUGUCGGAAUUCUUAAAAGUAUCUGUAUUUUAAAGACGCAUAAAUUUUUCUAUUGAGCUCAUAUCUUGUGUGAACUCCUCCAGGGGUAAUAGCCAUAUUUAUUUAUAUAAAAAUUUCUAUCUAAAAGAUGUGAACUAUUUUUACAUAAGGUGGAUUAGGAGUAUAGACAGAAAUUUGAAUUGCGUAUACUGUAGAUCUCUUUUCAUCCUAGACAACUUUGACGCAGACAUACCUAAUCACUUGACCUAUGAUUCUUGUUUUCUUUCAAGACAAUCUGAAUCAUGUUUUUUGUUAUCCUUUUCUGUUUGUGCCAUGUCAGCUACAUUGUACAUAGAGAUAGAUGAUAAAGCCCAUGUAUCUUCAAAAACUUUUCCCUUAAGGAAAAGCAACCUCAAUAAUAUUCCCACAUUAUCUAUCUGCUUGAGUGGAAAUAUAUAAAUAUUUUGGUGCUCAAAUAUCAUUUUGGAAGUACAUAACUGAGAACUUUUCUUGUGAAAGGAAAAAUAAACAGCCUCUAAAAAAUUUA